UGCGUUGGUUCAGUCGCCUCUGGGGAUUAUGAAUGGAUGAUCCGAGCGGAACCGCACUUCCAAACUGCAGCAGAGAAACUAUACCUUUCAAAGCGCAUUUUGUUUUUAUUUUAUUUUGACCGUGUGCGUUCUGUUUAGAUGACAGUGGACAUAUCAGCCAGCUCUUCCGGAUAAAACCGAUUGCACCUGUGAAUCGCUGCAUUGAAAGGGAAGGGUACAAUGCUUUGCUCACUGGCCUGUUGAAGCCUGGUCGAGCAGCGGUGGGGGAACGCCGGCUGGGCUUUGGACGGACUGAAGGCAGAACAUGGCUGGAAGUUUAAGGAAACAUUACGCUGUCUUUGUGCCAACUUUCACUGCAUUGUUCUACCUAGUGAUAGCAAAGAUCGAUGACUUACAUUCAUCAUCCUACCAAACUUUGAAGCUGUCUGCCUACGAAAUUACAAUCCCACAACAGUUGACAGAAAGAGAAAAGCGAGAUGCUGACCUAUCUCCCUUUGCACAGGGCAGACUAUCAUAUUCCAUUCAGGUGGAAGGCCGUGAGCACAUUGUUCACAUGAAGAGAAAUGAAGACAUUGUACCAAAGGACUUCAAGAUGUUCACCUACAGCAACAAUGGGAGCUUGAUCUCAACUCGGCCAGAUGUUCAGGAUCAUUGUCACUUUAAGGGAUACGUGGAGGGAAUGGACAAUUCCAUGGUUGCUCUUAGCACCUGCAGUGGGCUCAGAGGAUUACUGCAGACAAGUGACACUCAUUAUGCAAUUGAACCACUUGAGUCCUCCAGUACCUUCCAACAUAUUGUUUAUCGUAUGGAGGAUCUGCUUGAAGAACAUUUAGUCUGUGGAGUAUCGGAUUUGGCCAGCACUAUGCAGCCAGUUGAUCAGGAGCGUGCAGAACAACAUUCCCAUGAUGGUCACAGUAUGACGGGCUUCCUGCGCAACAAACGGGCCAUUUUGCCCCAGACUCGAUAUGUUGAGCUCUUUUUGGUUGUCGAUAAGGACCUGUAUGAUAUGACCAAGAAUGAGACUGCUGUGAGGGAACAGAUGGUUCAGCUUGCUAAUUACCUUGAUGGAAUGUACAGUUCCAUGAACAUCCGCAUUGUUCUGGUUGGUUUGGAAAUAUGGUCAAGGAAGAAUCAAAUCAGCAUCGAAGGAGGAGCAGGUGAAGUGUUGGGGCGUUUUGUACAAUGGCGAGAGAGGGACUUAUUGCCUCGUCGCAGGCAUGACACUGCGCAUUUAAUUCUGAAGAAGGGAUUUGGUGAGACUGCAGGAAUGGCCUUUGUGAGCACUAUUUGUUCAAGGAGCCACAGUGGAGGAAUCAAUGUGUUUUCACAGAACAUUCUUUAUUUUGCAUCCAUUGUCGCUCAUGAGCUGGGCCAUAACUUGGGAAUGAACCACGAUAAUGACCGGAACUGUAACUGUGAAGCAGAAGCAUGCAUUAUGAAUGCUGGAGCCACAGGUGCGACGAACUUCAGCAGCUGCAGUGCUGAUGACUUUGAAGCUAUGAUCUUAAAUCGAGGGGGCUCUUGCCUUUUAAACAUUCCUACACCUGAGGAAGAAUAUAGCCCUCCCUUCUGUGGCAACAAGCUGGUGGAUAUGGGGGAGGAAUGUGACUGUGGAUCACCAAAGGAAUGUGAAAAUGAUCCUUGUUGUGAGGCCUCAACCUGUAAACUCAAGUAUGGAGCACAAUGUGCUUUUGGCAUUUGUUGCAAAAAAUGUAAGUUCCGUGCAGCUGGAACAGUGUGUCGAGCAUCUACAAGUGAAUGUGACCUCCCAGAGUACUGCAAUGGAACAAGUCAAAUUUGCCAAGCUGAUGUUUUUGUGCAGGAUGGACACCCUUGCAAUCGCAACAAUUCAUACUGCUACAAUGGAGCAUGUCAGAGUUACGAUGCCCAGUGCGUAAAUUUAUUUGGACAAAAUGCAAAAUCUGCUCCACAUACUUGUUUCCAAGAAGUGAAUUCUAAAGGUGACCGGUUUGGAAACUGUGGUUCCAGUGGUGCUGGGUACAAGAAAUGUGAGAUCAGAAAUUCCAUGUGUGGGAAACUGCAAUGUGAGAAUGUAGACUCUGCACCUGUUUUUGGAAUCCGACCUUCCAUCAUCCAGACGCCAAUUGGUGGGACGACAUGUUGGGGGGUUGACUUCCGCUUGGGAUCAGAUGUCCCGGAUCCUGGCAUGGUAAACCCAGGCACCCGAUGUGACACUGGCAAGAUCUGCAUGGAUUUCAAAUGUGUGGAUGCAUCUAUCUUGAAGUAUGACUGUGAUGUACAGAUCAAAUGUAAUGGCCAUGGUGUGUGUAACAGCAAUAAGAACUGUCACUGUGAUAGAGGGUGGGCACCUCCAGAUUGUGCAAACACUGGUUAUGGAGGAAGCAUUGACAGUGGACCAACGUAUGACGAUAAAGAUACUACACUUCGGGAUGGUCUGCUGGUGUUCUUCCUCCUAGUGGCUCCUCUGAUCCUUUUGGCUGUAUAUGUGUUUGUGAAAAGAAAUGAACUCAAAAGAAGAUUCUGUUGGAAGCGAAGUUCACAAACACAGAAGUCUGAAAACAGAGCUCAACCAAGAAAUGCCUCAAGUAACUCAGCAAAAGAAGGGGUCAACUUAUUGACAAGUCAACAGGUUGUUCAGACAGCAAGUACCACAGUGCCAACAUAUGUUGUUAGACCAUCACCAGCAAGGCCACCACCGCCAUGCCCAGCACCUUCAAGGACUGUUCCAAUGACCCAAAGGAUAUAGAUGCUGUUACACUUGAUACUGUACAGGAUUCUGUGCAGACAUUUAAAUUAUGUAUACUCAUUUACAAUAUUGCCUCCACACAACUAGAGUGUCAACCACCUUUACCAAUUCAUCCAUGUUAAAGAUAAUGCUUCUGUAUUUUACGUUUCAUUUUUCUCAAGAAAAUCUUCUGCCAUUUCCAAUCUUUGAAGGAAAUUACAACUGAAUACCUCUUACAUUUUUACAAUUUUUUUUCUGAAAUAUUUGAAAUAUUUGAUUCAAUUGGAGAAAUUCUGCUGUUUAAACAUGCCCAGUUACUCUCUUCAGAUACUUGAUAAGCAAUAGAAUGGAGGGGAAGAAACAAUCACGACUAACAAGUCAUUAAUUUUACUGUUUUGAAGAUUACAAUAUCUUGUAACCAGUGUGCUCUGUCCCUCUUGUUUGUUUAAAUAACAUGCUUCUGAUGUUUUCUGCAGAAGGUGAAAGUGCUUCAUAUUGUUUGAUCACUCUGAUGAACUCAUGUUUCUCUGCUGGUUGCCCAGUCAGAAGCCCGUAUUAUACCUGCAGCAGAGUAGAUUAACAUUAUUUGACUUCACAAUUUAUUAAGCACCUAAUUUGAAAACAUCUGAGCUCUUGCUUCAAAUGUGUCCCAAUUUUAAAUUGAGUUUGAAAUAUCAACGCUUUAAAACAAGUUUCAUUUUAUUUGAUAUUUUGUUUCUACACCUGAAUGCAACUUCUGACACUUGAUGAGGGAGGCAACCUCUGCUCGUGUUGCCUUGUAUUUUGCAGCAUGAAAGCUGUGACAGUUGCUCUGAAUUGAUUUUUUUUUUGUAAAGAGAACCUUAAUCACUGGGUGCUCAUCAUGGCAAUGAAUUUCAGAUGUGAAGUUGUAUCUGACCACCAUGUGGUACAACAUUGCUGUGUGUUAAACUAGCUGCUGUAAAGUUACUCCUUGGUACCACUGACAACUCAUUGUCAUUGUUUGGUUUUGUACUUCAGGAAACCACACACUUCAGCUGCAGUGUUGAAUGUUCAUUUCAAUACCUUUACUAAGUGAAAUAUUAAUGGAAAUCUCAUGUAGCACAAUGCACAUAACUUGCAUUUGGUGCUAGAGGGCUUCUUGACAAGCUCUUGUACAUUGUAGUGAAUGCUAUCUGGUAGACAUAACAGCAGAAUUAAUUCAAACAUGGCUGUAAGGACAUGGCAACCAAAAUGACUGUCUACCCAGUAAAACAUGACGGGGACAGACUUGGACAAAUCUUAUUCAUUUCCUGCAUGGACAAUAUCUGUCCCCUGGAUAAAUUGCACAUGACAUGUUUAAUGGAACUUAAUUUUACAAUUUGGUAAAUGUGAUUUACUAUGCUAUGAUAUUUUGCAGAAUUUUUAAUUGCAUUUCUGAUUCAAGCUCUCUUUAUUUAUAUGUAAUCUAUUCUCUGAAGCAAAUAAUCUUGUAGUCUCCAACAAAAACAGGUUUAAAUUCUUCUUGGAUUUGGGAUGCUGUUAUGUGUAGGGUUAUUGUUUAAAUUCCCAUAAGAAUGCAUUGUUUAUCAUGAAAAUAAUCUUGGAUAAUGGUUAAUUACAACACUGGUCCAUGUAACCCUGUUUUUUUUUUUGCCAUGCUUUUUGAAAUAAAGUCGAGUACACAUCCUAAAAUAUUCCAACAAGUGAAGCAUUGCCAGUCAUGCAUCUAAAUGUAUGAUUCUGAAGUUAAGGACUGGAUUUUAACUCAAAGUGGGUAUCUUUGAAUGAGUUUGAAUCUCUUGCUGCUCUUCGAUUUGAGUGGUGACAGUAGACUCUACGAUUAAAUAUGGGCAUUAUGUUUGAUGCAGGCAGACUUUAACUUUCUAGUUUCAAUGUGCUCUGCACAUGAGCUUAUGGCUUUUCAUUAAACAUUCAACUGACAGAUGAAUUCCAUUCAAACAUUUUCAUUACACUGAUAAAACUCAAUUUACACAAUUUAGAAUUGGUAUUCAUUGGAAUUUUUCAGUUUCUGAGUGGAGGAAUGCAUUGUAAAGGUCUUACAUUGUAAAGGUCUUCCAGCAUAUCUCACUUCAAUUUCACACAAAUACAUCAGAUUGAAAUAUGCUCAAAGCCAUUUGUCUUUUUUUGUGUGGUCUGGAUAGAAUAUUGUACCUUACUGUGAGCCAGGUAAUAAUAUUGGUGACUUUUGGUGCAAUAAACAAAAUCUAUUAGUCAGGAGCUGUUUGAUGUUCUUUCAGGUGGAUUACCUAUUUAUACAUUUCAGUCUAAAGCCACAUUUAGUUGUGUAACUUAAUCAAGAAGUGAGUUCAAAGUUGAGAGAUUUGAGAGAACCUUGAUGAACCAACUGAAGUUUAGUUGGUGGGGUUACUUCUAUUCACCAAAACCAGAUUUGAGGUUAGAAUUCACUCCCAGGUAUCCAUCAAUCUAAUUGUAACAAAACUCUUUACUUCACUUGAAUAUUUGCACUCCUUUAAAAAUAGUGUUUUACUUUUUUCAAAAAUUAUGAUUUUUCUUAUGAGAUGUAAAGAUAUUAUGCACCUGUGGAUUACAAAGGGCUUUUAUUUAAUCUGUGUAAAGCGCAAUAGUGAAAUAAAAAUGAUUCUUUUUCUUA